CUUCAGUCUUAAAAAUUAUGGAACAGAGUCAACCUAAAAAGCGUGAUUGAUACAAAAAGAAACUCUCCUUAUCAUUCAGAAACAAAACAAUUACCUCUAAAAACGACAUUUCCAAGAAAUAAAUCUGAAAAAGCCCCAAAGAAUCGUAGGAGAAAGACUAAGAUCAAUAAUUUCACUAUUCGUGAUGGACAAGUAGAUUCAUUAAUUGAGUGCUACAAUCCUUCAAAAACAAUUCUUGACUCUAUGGACUUCCAAGAGAAAUAACAGGCCAAAAUGGGAAAUUAUCCAUGACUUCGUUCUUUGUCAGAACCAACAAAAAUUACUUGAAAAACUGUCUCGAAUCAACACAACUAUCAAAUCCAGGCUGAAUCCUAAGAAGAGGAACCGAUUUAGAAGAGAAACUAAAAAUGAUGUCGACCUGGCCAUUAACCCAAACCAAAGCAAAAAUUAUCAAAAGUCCAAAAUAGAUGUUGUAAAGAAGCUUGAAUCAUCUCUUGGCAAAGACACAGUCAAAGAUCUCCUAGAAAUUACUACUUUUGAAAAAACUAAAAGAUUCCACCGCAGAAGGACAAAACUCCUGAACCAUUUCUCCAAAGAUACCAAAUAAGACCUCUGAAGAUGCGUCUAGCAUCAGCUUGAUUUCAUCUCCAAAACACAGGAGAAAAUCGAUGAGGAAAACUUUUGACAACCAAGAUAGUCCUUGUAAAUUGGUAGUUAAAAAGACCCUCAAAAGCAAUGCACCUUUUCACAUUAAGAAACCAGACUUAUACCUGAAAUCGGUCCUAAAUAAAAUCCAAGAAAGUAGGAGCGCAGAAAGAGUAAAAACAGCAAGAUGCUCUAAAAGCAAUAAUUUGAUUGACUUUUUAGGUUACAAAUUAACUCAAAAGAAAGCAACUAAGAAUAAGAAUGAACUCAGCUCAAACCUCUGAUCAAGAACAAGGGAUCCUUUAUCAUCCACAUUCGUCUCUCUCACCAACGAAUCCAAUAAACUCGGCUUCAACAAAAACCUCCCAAUCUCUGCUAUAAAAUACCGCCCGCUGUUAAAAAAGACCACACUAAUCCACUGGCGGAAAUCCAUGGGUGAAAUGACCUGUCUCAGCAAAUAACCUCUCCUAAUUCCCUUGCAAAAUCCAACACUUCAAAUUC